GCUGCCCGCUCGCCUUCCUGCCAGCCUGACUGCCUGCCUGCGCGGGGACCAUGGAAGGAGUGAGCGCGCUGCUGGCCAGCUGCCCCACCGCCGGCCUGGCAGGCGGCCUGGGAGUCACGGCGUGCGCAGCCGCCGGCGUGCUGCUCUACCGGAUCGCGCGGAGGAUGAAGCCAACGCACACGGUGGUCAAUUGCUGGUUCUGCAACCACGACACACUGGUGCCCUAUGGGAACCGAAACUGCUGGGACUGUCCCCACUGCGAGCAGUACAACGGCUUCCAGGAGAAUGGUGACUACAACAAGCCGAUCCCCGCACAGUACAUGGAGCACCUGAACCAUGUAAGCAGCGUGCCUAGCCCCCGCGACCCUGCACAGCCCCAGCAGUGGGUGAGCAGCCAGGUCCUGCUCUGCCGGCGGUGCAGCCACCACCAGACAACCAAGAUCAAGCAGCUGGCCGCCUUUACUCCACGGGAGGAGGGCCGGUACGACGAGGAGAUUGAGGUAUACCGCCACCACCUGGAGCAGAUGUACAAGCUGUGCCGCCCAUGCCAGGCGGCUGUGGAGUACUACAUCAAACACCAGAACCGCCAGCUGCGCGCCCUGCUGCUCAGCCACCAGUUCAGGCGCCGGGAAGCUGACGAGGCCCACGGGCAGAGUUUCUGCUCCUCGGCGAUGAAAGCCCCAGUCCAGGUGGUUCUGCUCCGUGCUCUGGCCUUCCUGGCCUGUGCCUUCCUGCUGUCCACCACGCUGUACGGCCCUAGCGAGCCCUUCACCCCAGGGGCUGCCCUGCCGCCAGCCUUGCCACCCGGAGGCAAUGGCUCCGCUGCUCCAGACAACAGCACUGCUUCGGGGGCUGAGGGCUGGCGGCAGCUGCUAGACCUGCUUCCUGAGCAAGCAGCAGAGAAGCUGAAUGAAGCCUGGGCCUUUGGGCAGACCCACCAGCUAAGCAUUGUGGCACUGGGCCUGCUCACCUGCCUACUGGCCAUGCUGCUGGCUGGCCGCAUCAGGCUCCGAAGGAUUGAUGCCUUCUCCACCUGUUUGUGGGCCCUGCUGUUGGGGCUGCACCUGGCCGAACAGUACCUGCAGGCUGCCUCGCCCAGCUGGCUGGACACACUGAAGUUCAGCACCACGUCCCUGUGCUGCCUGGUGGGCUUCACCGCAGCUGUGGCCACAAGGAAGGCGACGGGCCCACGGAGGUUCCGGCCCCGAAGGUACUUCACAGGAGACUCCGCCAGCCUUUUCCCUUCCAGCCCCAGCCUGGCCAUGCCUUGCCCGAGCGUCACAGUCUCCCCACCAUCUCUCUUCAUCCCCACCCCGCCCGGCUUCCUGCCUCUUACCAGCCAGCAGCUGUUCCGCUCUGCCCGUCGGCCAUCACCCUCCUCUCUGCCAGGCCGCCUCAGCCGGGCCCUCUCUCUGGGAACCAUACCUUCUCUGACCCGCACAGACUCAGGAUACCUGUUCAGUGGGAGCCGCCCGCCAUCUCGAGUCUCUAGGCCUGGGGAGGUCCCUCUUUCUGAUUACUUCUCCCUGCUGUCAAGGAGCCUCCCGUCCUCUCCUCUCCCCUCCCCUGCCCCCUCUGUGGCCAGCUCAGUGACCUCCAGCUCAGGCUCCCUGCGCCACCGUAGGCCCCUCAUCAGCCCUGCCCGGCUCAACCUCAGGGGCCAGAAGCUGCUGCUGUUCUCCUCGCCCCCGGGAGAGGCUCCCAACACUCCCAGCAGCUCGGAGGAGCAUUCCCCACCCAAUGGCAGCCUCUUCACCGAGUCUCCCCAGCUCCCCGAGAGGCAGCGCACACGGGACCCAAAACACACCGUGGACAUGAGAUCAAUGCUGGCAAGAGACAGUGCCUGCAGCAGCCACUCCAUCAAAAAAGAGGAUGACUCGUCCCAGUCCUCCACCUGUGUGGUGGACACCACCACCAGAGGGUGCUCAGAGGAGACCUCUGCCUGGAAAGGCCGUGUGGGCCCCUCUCUCGUGCGGGGACUCCUGGCUGUGAGCUUGGCCGCCAAUGCGCUCUUCACCUCAGCCUACCUGUACCAGAGCCUGCGCUGACGAGUCGUCCAGAGAGCAGCACCACCCCUCGCCCUUGGUGCUGCUUCCACGAUGCCAGCAUCCCUCCCUGGGGGCCUCGCUGUGCCCUAACACCAGGGCCCUUGACCUCCUGGGUUGUGAGGCUGUGACCUCAGGAUCCCUGCCUUCCUCACCUGACAAGACUGCAGGGCCGAGUGGGUCUGAGGACAAGCCCUGCGCCCACCACCACCUCCUCAGUUGUAUUUGGUGCUCACACUCUGACCCUGAAGCCAAGGAUCCUGGACAGGCUGCCCAGCCCCAGGGUCCCUUCCUCGCUGACCAGCCCUGCCUGCGGGGACACCAGUACUACUGUAACUGAAGCAGGAGUUGGCCAGGCUGUCUGCCCUGCUCCUGUCUGCAGUCACAUCUUUAUACUGUAACCCCCCUGACACCAGGGGGCGAGGGGACAUGAGUCACCUCAUCCUUACUCCUGCCCACUCUAGAGUGCAAGCCUCCCUUGGAUGGGCACUGACUACCUGGGUCUGUUACUCCUUACUGUUGACUAGAAUCGGGUGAACGGAUGAGGAACCUGGGGUGCUGAGGCAGCCCCUUCAGAACCUGUGUAUGCACCUGCCCUGCUCCCCUCAGCCCUCCUGUGUGUGGUGGUUUCGUGACUGCUGGGGUACUUCUGGCAAGCAUCUCUGUGACCCUGAGAACACUACAGCUCCUCUUACCCUGUCUGUCCAAGCCCCUCCCUUUCACAUCACCCACAGGGUCCUUGCUUGAGUCCCUCAGUUUCCCAGGAGCUGGAGGACCCCUACCAACCAUGUCCCACCUCCUUUAACCCUGAAGAGACCCUACUUUCCUCCCCUUUUGUUCUGCCCCCACCUGGGUUCCACGUGACCUCUGACCCUAGGCCACCUCGGCUGGCCUUCCUGCCUCACCAGUGCUCUCUUGAGGCCACAUGUCAGCCCCAUCCCCCCAACCUAGGCCUUGGCCCUGGGCAUGUAUGUGUAUGUGUGUUGGUACGUGUGUUGUACCACUUGGGACUUGGUGGGAGGGGCAUGGGGCAGAAGGAAGGGUCUUCACUAUCAUUCAGGGAUAAAGUUUAAUUUUAUUUUUCUAUACAUUUUUGCCAGGUAAGGUGUGUGCUUUGAAAUACAAUGCCUCCAACUUUUCCCUGCCAGGGAAGUUUUCUUAAGCUUUGGGUGCUUUUUAGUACUUUCUUUUAACUUGGGGAAGGAGACCUCUCUUAAUACCACCACCCCAUUCUGGGAGCUCCUGAUGCUGUCUUGGGCUGUCCUCUGCCCCCCAGAUGAGGGACCCUGAAUCUAACUGCCAUGGAGGAUUCCAACUUGGAGGUGGCGCCUCUUGGUCUCCAUUUGUACAGUGGGUAUGUGGAGUUUUUAAAUUUCAUUUUUUGCCUAUUAAAACCAAACUGCAUUCCCUAAUGUCCUUGUCUCUGGCCCCGAGGAAGCUCCCAGGCAGGAGCCCCAGGCCAGCCUGGUGCCCUGUGCAGCCAGGGAGGGUAUUUUACUUGUUUUGUUUCAGACAAAAAAAAAAAAAACCUUAUUUUUCUUUACAAAA